GUCAUUCGGUCAGUCAGUCAAACAACUUGAGCGCGCUUCGGCUACGUGGACUGCAAUCUAAUUCAAUUAAAAAUUAAAACGCAAAUCUACGCGACAAGUGAAAUUGUUCCGUCGAGCAUCUGACGACGAGAACACGAGCAACGGCAAUUAGACAAGAAAAAAUCUCAGUUUCUGUCCAUGCGUGGGCAGCCACACAACAAUGAGCUCAGUGGACGCCAGCGAAAAUCUUGAAAUGAUUCGCUCCACAUCGAUGCCUGUGAAGCCAAGGCCGUUGAAUCCCAAGCCGUUGGCGCGAUCGCCCGAAAAGGAGACCGUCAAUGAUACCGAAGCCGACUACUAUCCGGAGAGUCCCAGCUGUGUGCGGCGACGCAAGUCCAAGCAGGCCGCCGAUCAAUUGGAGACGCGCAGCGAACAAAACUUUCCCUAUACCCUCGACUGGUCGGGCAGCACCAUUGAGCUGAGCCCCGAUACCGAUGCGGAUGGGCUGCGGCGCAGCAUGCAUCGCGUGAUGGAGAAGAAUGGACAUGAGAAUGUGGUCUUUAGGCGCAUACCAGAGAAGUCCUGGCGCUAUAUGCGCGAUGCUGUCACUACGCUGAUCGAAUUGGAAUGGAAAUAUAUGCUGACACUUUUCCUAGGCAGCUACUUUCUUAGCUGGAUCUUCUUUGGUGUACUAUGCUAUAUGGUGGCCUAUUCCCAUGGCGACUUCCUGUUCGAUGCUGUCACGGGCCAACGUUUGGGCGAGGGCACGGAUCCAUGCAUUUAUGGUACACCCAAUCUUGUGGCCAUGCUGAUAUAUUCGGUUGAGACGCAAACAACGCUCGGAUUUGGCGAGAAAUACGCCAGCGAGGAAUGCCCGGAGACCAUAUUUCUGUUCGUCAUGCAAAUGAUGUGCGCGGCGGCCAUUGAGGGCACCAUGGUCAGCAUUAUCUAUGCAAAAACGGCUCGUCCCGCCAAGCAAUUGACCAAGCUCAAGUUCAGCGACAAGGCUGUGAUUUGUUAUCGCGAUGGCAAGCUGUGCCUGCUCUUCCGUGUCUGCGAUCCGCGCGAACAACAGUCCAUUGAGUCCAAGAUACGCGUCUACAUGAUUGUGGACAAACUCACGCGCGAGGGCGAGCUCAUUAAGACGCACACGGAGCUGAAGCUGGAGGGCAACGGGGAGCAGCUAAUUGUCUGGCCCGACAUUGUCUGCCAUGUGAUCGAUGAGAGCAGCCCGUUGUUUCACUUUGGCAAUGCCAAACAGUUUAAUGCCGGACAAUUUGAGCUGUAUGUUACGAUUGUGGGCACAUCGCCGGCAACGGCACAAAUGACCGAGGCGAAGACAUCGUAUGUGCCGCGCGAGAUUUACUGGGGUCAGCGCUUUGUCAACAUCAUCCACUACGAUGCCAGCCACGAGCGUUAUAUUGUGGACUACGAGAACUUCAAUACGACCAUCUCGGUGGACAUGCCCGUCAGACUAAGCGCGGCGGAGCAACUGCAGCAGGAGCAGCAGCACCAGCUACAAUUGGCAUACAGAAAGUGAGCCUUAAACAAUUACUAUGUAUCUAUAUAAUAUACACGAUAAAUAAUGCAGCAGUAA